AUGGGGAAUUCUGCUCAGCAAUGGAGAAUGGCCAUAGGGACUUUCGGUGGAGGCCAGAAAAAUCAGACAUUCUAUUCAUCACUCGUCAAAUUUCUAAAACAACUAGCAUUAAGACUUAGGCUCAUAAAACUGCUGCUGGUGAGAGCAGGAGUAGAGCAGAACCCUGGUCCACCAACCAAUGAUAAAUCAGAGGUAACCAAAGAAAUGUAUGAACUUGGUUGCAAAAUAAAAGCAUGUGACCAACAGACUGAGUUGAAAGAACAGGCAGACCUCAUGUGUCAACUUGGACAAGAGUAUAUCAAAUCAGCAGAGACAUCUGAUAUCUGGUAUGAACACUACGUUUGGUCCUGUGCAUUAUAUAAUGCAGCCAAAUGUCGACUUAAAAAAUUGAUGAGAAAACAAACUGAUGGCACAAACACAGCUCUUGAAGAUGACUUGGAACACACUGACAAACAACUCCAGCUUAUAGAAAAUAACUUUGUGAAGAAGUGCCAAGCUGCAAAUCAUAGCGAACUAUCUACAGAGGCUGCAACACAGAACUAUACAGACACACUUGAAAAUAUAAGACAAUAUUCAAACACCACCGUAAAUAACAUCAUCGAAAAGUACAUGGUAGUUGAUAAUGUCACCACAGAGAUGAAAGACGAAGAUGAAGACAACACAAUAAAAUACAGCAAGGUGUUUUAUAAUGGACUUACACAACAGCUUUUAGAUUUUUAUAAGUCUAUUAUCCAUGAUUGUAUUUCUGUUUUAGGACACCCUGAUUGUAAGUUUGCAUUCUUAGCACUUGGUUCCAUAUCCCGAAAAGAGGUCACUGCUUAUUCAGAUAUUGAGUGGGCAAUACUGUUUGAUCCCUUAGAUAAACCAGUCGAUCAAAUCAAAACACAAUUGCGUAUGAUAGCCUAUUACAUGCAUUUGAAGGUGCUUAAUCUUGGGGAAACAUUGUUAAACUGCUUAGACAUACCUGUUCUGACAGAUUAUAACAAACACCUACCACGUGACAUGAAAGACAAUGACUUUUAUGACAAAGCAACAACUAGGGGAAUUUCCUUUGAUGGGACACAACCUUGGGCUAGCAAAACAGCUAUUGGUAGAAAAACAGGAGUAGAUCCCAAUAAACCUUCCAGACUUGAACUUAUCAUGACUGUUGAUGAGAUGAGCAAGUUUCAAUUAACAGAUGAAUCAAUCAAAGAGGGCUAUCACCUUAGUGACGUUCUCAUGACAUCAACUCUCAUAACUGGAGAAUUCGCCUUAUGGAAUGAAUACAAUGAAAAAGUACAUUCCAUACUAUCAUCACCAUCAAAAACUAAUCCAGAUAUCACUAUAGGAAGAGAACGAGCAUUAAGAACACUAGAGAAAGAUUCGAAAAAAUAUAGUGAAAAUCCCCUGUCAUCAGAAUCAUUCACUCAGAAAAUGCAUACAAAGCAUGAUAUAUAUAGAUUUGCUACAAUCACUAUAAAUAUUCUGAAACUCAUGCAUGGUUGCACAUCAUUUGCUCCUCUAGAUGUGUUAGAGGAAUUGAGAGGGAAAUGUAUUCUAACUGAAGGGGCAGCAAAGGAUCUACAAAUCAUGGUUUGUAGUGUAAUAAACCUUAGACACAUGGUCUAUGGAAGGUAUAAGCAACAAAAGGAAUUCAUAUCAUUCUUACCAAGUGACUCUCAAGAUGAUGAAACAACAGAAGUGAUGCCAGUCAGAAGUUUUACAGCCAUAUUACGAUUUUUUAACACAUUUAUGCCCUGGUGUGAAUUCCUCAAAUUAAACUUGAAUGUAAGCAGUACAUGGGCAUAUAGAGAGAGAUAUCUUGAAGGAAACAAUGAAGUGAAAGCGCAAUUAUAUAAGAACAUUUUUUUCUUCGAGAGGGCAUUGCAUGCUUAUCAAACAGAGUUAAAAACACUUCAAUCCCUAGAUGCAGGAGAGCAAGAGUGGGAAAUAGCUUCCAUACAGAAUGCAAUAGGUUCACUGUAUGAGUCACAAGGGAAUUACUCAGAUGCACUCUUAUAUCAUAAUGACAGUCUGAAAAUAAACAGAAAAAUCAAUGAUGAAAGUGGAGUCUCUAGAUCACUUAACAAUUUAGGUAAUGUGUAUAUUGACAUGGGAGAUCUGACUAAAGCACUUGAAUAUCAUCAACAAAGUCUGACAAUGAGAAAACUAAUCCACAAAGACAGUCCCCACCCAGAUGUUGCUACCUCACUUAACGACAUAGGUUGUAUGUAUUUUGACAUGGGAGAUCUGACUAAAGCACUUGAGUAUCAUCAAGAGAGUCUGACAAUGAAAAGACUAAUACACAAAGACAGUCCCCACCCAGAUGUUGCAACCUCACUUAACAACAUAGGUAGUGUGUAUAAUGACAUGGGAGAUCUGACUAAAGCACUUGAAUAUCAUCAACAAAGUCUGACAAUGGAAAGACUAAUACACAAAGACAGUCCCCACCCAGAUGUUGCAACCUCACUUAACAACAUAGGUAGUGUGUAUAAUGACAUGGGAGAUUUGACUAAAGCACUUGAGCAUCAUCAAGAAAGUCUGACAAUGGAAAGACUAAUACACAAAGACAGUCCCCACCCAAAUGUUGCAAAAUCACUUAACAACAUAGGUAGUGUGUAUAAUGACAUGGGAGAUCUGACUAAAGCACUUGAGUAUUUUCAAGAGAGUCUGACAAUAUGUAGACUAAUACACAAAGACAGUCCCCACCCAAAUGUUGCAACCUCACUUAACAACAUAGGUUGUAUGUAUAAUGACAUGGGAGAUCUGACUAAAGCACUUGAGUAUCAUCAAGAGAGUCUGACAAUGAAAAGACUAAUACACAAAGACAGUCCCCAUCCAGAUGUUGCCUCAUCACUUAACAACAUAGGUUGUAUGUAUUUUUACAAGGGAGAUCUGACUAAAGCACUUGAGUAUCAUCAAGAGAGUCUGACAAUGAUAAGACUUAUACACAAAGACAGUCCCCACCCAGAUGUUGCUGCAUCACUUAACAACAUAGUUCGUGUGUAUAAAGACAUGGGAGAUCUGACUAAAGCACUUGAGUAUCAUCAAGAAAGUCUGACAAUGUUAAGACUAAUACACAAAGACAGUCCCCACCCAGAUGUUGCAAUGUCACUUAACAACAUAGGUGGUGUGUAUAAAGACAUGGGAGAUCGGACUAAAGCACUUGAAUAUCAUCAACAAAGUCUGACAAUGGAAAGACUAAUACACAAAGACAGUCCCCACCCAGAUGUUGCAAUGUCACUUAACAACAUAGGUAAUGUGUAUAAAGACAUGGGAGAUCGGACUAAAGCACUUGAGUAUCAUCAAGAAAGUCUGACAAUAUAUAGACAAAUACACAAAGACAGUCCCCACCCAAAUGUUGCAACCUCACUUAACAACAUAGGUGGUGUGUAUAAUGACAUGGGAGAUCUGACUAAAGCACUUGAGUAUCAUCAAGAAAGUCUGACAAUAUAUAGACAAAUACACAAAGACAGUCCCCACCCAGAUGUUGCAAUGUCACUUAACAACAUAGGUGGUGUGUAUAAAGACAUGGGAGAUCGGACUAAAGCACUUGAAUAUCAUCAACAAAGUCUGACAAUGGAAAGACUAAUACACAAAGACAGUCCCCACCCAGAUGUUGCAAUGUCACUUAACAACAUAGGUAAUGUGUAUAAAGACAUGGGAGAUCGGACUAAAGCACUUGAAUAUCAUCAACAAAGUCUGACAAUGGAAAGACGAAUACACAAAGACAGUCCCCACCCAGAUGUUGCAACUUCACUUAACAACAUAGGUGGUGUGUAUAAAGACAUGGGAGAUCUGACUAAAGCACUUGAGUAUCAUCAAGAAAGUCUGACAAUAUAUAGACAAAUACACAAAGACAGUCCCCACCCAAAUGUUGCAACCUCACUUAACAACAUAGGUGGUGUGUAUAAUGACAUGGGAGAUCUGACUAAAGCACUUGAAUAUCAUCAACAAAGUCUGACAAUGGAAAGACUAAUACACAAAGACAGUCCCCACCCAGAUGUUGCAACCUCACUUAACAACAUAGGUGGUGUGUAUAAAGACAUGGGAGAUCUGACUAAAGCACUUGAGUAUCAUCAAGAAAGUCUGACAAUGUUAAGACUAAUACACAAAGACAGUCCCCACCCAGAUGUUGCAACCUCACUUAACAACAUAGGUAAUGUGUAUAAAGACAUGGGAGAUCGGACUAAAGCACUUGAAUAUCAUCAAGAAAGUCUGACAAUGUUAAGACUAAUACACAAAGACAGUCCCCACCCAGAUGUUGCAAUGUCACUUAACAACAUAGGUAAUGUGUAUAAAGACAUGGGAGAUCGGACUAAAGCACUUGAAUAUCAUCAACAAAGUCUGACAAUGGAAAGACUAAUACACAAAGACAGUCCCCACCCAGAUGUUGCAACCUCACUUAACAACAUAGGUGGUGUGUAUAAAGACAUGGGAGAUCUGACUAAAGCACUUGAGUAUCAUCAAGAAAGUCUGACAAUAUAUAGACAAAUACACAAAGACAGUCCCCACCCAAAUGUUGCAACCUCACUUAACAACAUAGGUGGUGUGUAUAAUGACAUGGGAGAUCUGACUAAAGCACUUGAGUAUCAUCAAGAAAGUCUGACAAUAUAUAGACAAAUACACAAAGACAGUCCCCACCCAGAUGUUGCAAUGUCACUUAACAACAUAGGUGGUGUGUAUAAAGACAUGGGAGAUCGGACUAAAGCACUUGAAUAUCAUCAACAAAGUCUGACAAUGGAAAGACUAAUACACAAAGACAGUCCCCACCCAGAUGUUGCAAUGUCACUUAACAACAUAGGUAAUGUGUAUAAAGACAUGGGAGAUCGGACUAAAGCACUUGAAUAUCAUCAACAAAGUCUGACAAUGGAAAGACUAAUACACAAAGACAGUCCCCACCCAGAUGUUGCAACCUCACUUAACAACAUAGGUGGUGUGUAUAAAGACAUGGGAGAUCUGACUAAAGCACUUGAGUAUCAUCAAGAAAGUCUGACAAUAUAUAGACAAAUACACAAAGACAGUCCCCACCCAAAUGUUGCAACCUCACUUAACAACAUAGGUGGUGUGUAUAAUGACAUGGGAGAUCUGACUAAAGCACUUGAAUAUCAUCAACAAAGUCUGACAAUGGAAAGACUAAUACACAAAGACAGUCCCCACCCAGAUGUUGCAACCUCACUUAACAACAUAGGUGGUGUGUAUAAAGACAUGGGAGAUCUGACUAAAGCACUUGAGUAUCAUCAACAAAGUCUGACAAUGGAAAGACUAAUACACAAAGACAGUCCCCACCCAGAUGUUGCAACCUCACUUAACAACAUAGGUAAUGUGUAUAAAGACAUGGGAGAUCGGACUAAAGCACUUGAAUAUCAUCAAGAAAGUCUGACAAUGUUAAGACUAAUACACAAAGACAGUCCCCACCCAGAUGUUGCAAUGUCACUUAACAACAUAGGUAAUGUGUAUAAAGACAUGGGAGAUCGGACUAAAGCACUUGAAUAUCAUCAACAAAGUCUGACAAUGGAAAGACUAAUACACAAAGACAGUCCCCACCCAGAUGUUGCAACCUCACUUAACAACAUAGGUGGUGUGUAUAAAGACAUGGGAGAUCGGACUAAAGCACUUGAAUAUCAUCAACAAAGUCUGACAAUGGAAAGACUAAUACACAAAGACAGUCCCCACCCAGAUGUUGCAAUGUCACUUAACAACAUAGGUAAUGUGUAUAAAGACAUGGGAGAUCGGACUAAAGCACUUGAAUAUCAUCAACAAAGUCUGACAAUGGAAAGACUAAUACACAAAGACAGUCCCCACCCAGAUGUUGCAACCUCACUUAACAACAUAGGUGGUGUGUAUAAAGACAUGGGAGAUCUGACUAAAGCACUUGAGUAUCAUCAAGAAAGUCUGACAAUAUAUAGACAAAUACACAAAGACAGUCCCCACCCAAAUGUUGCAACCUCACUUAACAACAUAGGUGGUGUGUAUAAUGACAUGGGAGAUCUGACUGAAGCACUUGAGUAUCAUCAAGAAAGUCUGACAAUAUAUAGACUAAUACACAAAGACAGUCCCCACCCAAAUGUUGCAACCUCACUUAACAACAUAGGUAGUGUGUAUAAUGACAUGGGAGAUCUGACUAAAGCACUUGAGUAUCAUCAAGAGAGUCUGACAAUGAAAAGACUAAUACACAAAGACAGUCCCCAUCCAGAUGUUGCUGCAUCACUUAACAACAUAGGUCGUGUGUAUAAAGACAUGGGAGAUCUGACUAAAGCACUUGAGUAUCAUCAAGAAAGUCUGACAAUAUAUAGACUAAUACACAAAGACAGUCCCCACCCAAAUGUUGCAACCUCACUUAACAACAUAGGUAAUAUGUAUAAUGGCAUGGGAGAACUGACUAAAGCACUUGAAUAUCAUCAACAAAGUCUGACAAUGGAAAGACUAAUACACAAAGACAGUCCCCACCCAGAUGUUGCAACCUCACUUAACAACAUAGGUUGUAUGUAUAAUGACAUGGGAGAUCUGACUGAAGCACUUGAAUAUCAUCAACAAAGUCUGACAAUGGAAAGACUAAUACACAAGGACAAUCCUCACCCAAGUGUAGCUAAAUCAUUGCGAAACAUAGGUAUCAUACAUGAGAACAUGAAGGAGCAUACAGAAGCAUUGACUUAUUACUUUGAAGCUCUAAGCAUUGCUCAUCAGUAUGGAGGAGAUUCACACCCUGAUUACAUAAAAUCAUUAAAAUUGAUUGAAAAGUGUAGAAUAAAUAGAAUAAUUCAUUUGUUCCUGCACUCUAACAUGAAACUGACUUAAAUCAUUGACAUUAUACAUUGACAUUUUAUUAAUGACCUAGUCAUAGUAAGAUACUAGUAUACUGGUAAGAUGUUAGUAAGAUACACCCAUUCUGCUUGAAACUUGGAAUUACAAACACAUAUGAUGAUCCAUAUUAAUUUUCUUACAUUUUCACCAUUUUUAAGAUGGAGGCUCUCUCUAAUCUAACCGUUUCUAUAUACCAAAUUACUAGAACUUAGCAAACCAUACAUGUAUUAAGGAAUGCAGCCAAGCCCAACAAACUCCAAUUAUACAGUGAAACCUAUAAAGUGGAACACCUCUAGAAAUAGACAGGUUUUACUGUAUACUCCUAUGUAAGUACCCAUACUGCCUGACUGGCAGUGACAGACCAAUCUGACAGCCCAGUGAGUGAUGACUGUGUCAAAAACAGAGCAGCCUUAUUGUAUAAAGUGAAAACCGAUAUUGAAGUGUCUUCCUUUUGGUAAGGUCAAAACGAUUACCUAAUUACAAUGUUUUUGCUUAACCCAUCCAUUUGCUAACAAAACACUACAAUUCCUUAUCUCCUCAUUAUUUCAGAAGAACAUAAGUUAAUUGAGUCUCAACCUGUAAAAUAUAUGAACCCGGCAUAUAUUGAAUUCCAGUGACCUCUUUAUUGGGAGAUACAUAUUUCUAGCA